AUGGCUUCAGCAGGGACUGCGCCUGUACGCGCACAGAAUCUAUCGGCACUCCUCGAGAGUCUCACUUCAUGUCUCAUUAGCACCAGCUCUUCCCUCCCGGCCGUUGAGAAAGAUGCGUCGACUGAUGUUUCCAUUACGCCGCCCCAGGACGGUAUCUCGCUCCUCGACACCAAGAGCGAAAUUCUUCUUUCUUACCUUCAAAAUCUCGUCUUCUUGAUUAUCUUUCAAUUGCGACAGAAAAAAUCGAAAGAGCUCGAAAAUUCGGCUGACAGCGCUCUUCGCGAUGAGGCUGUGAACAAAUUGGUUGAGCUCCGGGUGUUCCUUGAUCGCGGUGUUCGGCCUCUGGAGGGACGCUUAAAAUAUCAGAUCGACAAAGUUAUCAAGGCGGCAGAGGAAUCGGAGCGGACAGAGCGCCCAGCUAAAUCAAAAAAGCCCAAGAAGGCCAGCAAGACUGUUGGCUCCGGAAGCGAGGAUGAGUCCGAGGACGACGAUCAGGACAGCAACAGUGAGGAAGAUAGCGAUGAGGAGGAUGAAGACGAGGAAGAGGAUAUGGAUGAGAUGGCAUACCGUCCCAACGUUGCGGCACUUGCGAAAGGCAAGGUGGAGCAAAAGCAGCCCCAAGCCAAGGCGACCCGACAGGAGCCCAGUGAUGGCAUUUAUCGCCCACCGAAGAUUAUGCCUACUGCCCUUCCUACCACUGAAAGUCGUGAACGCCGUGAUCGCCGACCUAUUCGAUCCAACGUCAUUGAUGAAUUUGUCAGCGCCGAAAUGUCCGCUGCGCCAAUGGCCGAGCCCAGCAUCGGUAGCACCAUCAUUGCCGGUGGACGCCAGACCAAGUCCAAGAAAGACCGUGAGCAUGAGGCCGAGCGAACCCGGUACGAAGAGACCAACUUUGUCCGUCUUCCCAAGGAGACCAAGAAGGACCUUGCCAAGCGCGGUGGUGGCCGCGGUGAAGCUACAUAUGGUGGUGACGAAUGGAAGGGUCUCACCGAGGGAGCCGAUCGUAUCGAGCGCCUUACCCGCCGCUCCAAGAACAGCGGCUCCGCUCUCGAGAAGAGCCGGAAGCGCAAGAACGAGGAUGGACAGCGCAGCGAUGGCGUGGCGGUUGGUGACAUCUUUGACAAACGUCGCAAGAAGAUUGACAGCUGGAAGCGGUAA